AUGGCAUCUCUCACCAAAGAAGAAGACAACUAUGUGAGAAUAGGCUUGUUGAUAACAGGGAUAUCUCCACGUGCUGCACGAGUUUUAUUUGAUAGCGAAUUCCACCCUUCUUGUUUAUAUGCAACGAUGAAGAAAGAAUAUAAGAAACUGAAUGACUUGAAAGACAAGAAAAAAGUCAUAAACUUGCAGCAGUGGAAUUUGUUGUUCCCAAGGCAACCUGAUAUUCCAAAGUCAGACACCUUUGACGUUACUUUGAUUAUAACAUUACUGAGAAACUUAGGAGAGUUAACGGAUCCUGUAAAGGGAUAUGACCACCUGCCUGGGUCCACUGAGACAUCUCCUGCUUCAGAUUUGGCUAUUGGAAGAUUAGGUGGACCAUCAAUGAGGUUGGAAUGUGAUCAGUUAAAGACAAAGGUUCUUGAUCAAACAAAUAAAGAAAUAAUUCUGGAAAUUAAACACUCAAAGAAUGAGAUUGAGGAAUUAAAACAGUCAUUUAAGAUCUUGAAAAUAUGUCACGAAGAGGAACAAGCAGCUAAUGCUAAAACAAAAAAAGAACUAUUGACGGUAAUUGAGGCGUUGAAAACGGUACAAGAAGAAGUGAUUCCAAAGAACAUCAGAGAUCAGAUAAAUAAACAAAUUGAAGACUGGAACAGAACAGAUCAGAUGUUUGUGUCUACAAGAGCUAGUGAUCACGUCAUCAAAUGUUUACAAGAUAACAGCUGUGUGACCUUAACUGGUCCAGCAGGAGUAGGGAAAUCAUUUAUCGCUAGACACACAGCACUGGUUUUACAGAAAGAUGGAUACACAAUCAUACCAAUUUAUUCACCAACUGAUAUACGAGAUUAUUACCAACCUGGUAAACAGACAGUCUUCAUUGUAGAUGAUAUUUGUGGAAACUUCACUGCCAACCAACAACAGAUUGAGUGCUGGGAACAACUUCUACCUGUUAUAAACACUAUUAUCGCUGACAAAUACUGUAAGGUGAUUGUGUGUUGUAGAUUACAAGUUUUUAAAGAUGAUAAGUUUGUAAUGUUAUCCCCUUUGAUAACUUGCGAAUGUAACUUAAUAUCUGAUGAACUAUGUCUUACAAGAAAGGAAAAAACAAAAAUAGCAGAUAAGUAUAUUGGUUUGAAUAAUAGAUAUUUGAAAAGGCUGAUAAAGAUCUGGUCAACAGGGAAAGUGGCAUUGGUAUUUAGUAGCUCUAAUAUGAAAGCAUUAUCAUUCAGACAGCAGUUAUUGCAGUAUUUAAAACAGCUGGACAAGUCACAACAAAUAACAUUGGCUAACACCAAGGAUGCAGUGUUAUCAAAUGAGGAAUGUGUGGCAGGUACUACUCCUUUAAUAUUGGCUUGUCGUGAUGGAUAUACAGAUAUGAUACAGUGGUUGUUAAAUAAUGAAGUGGAAGUGGAUUAUCAUAAAGAUGAUAGGGUCACUGCACUAAACAUGGCAUGCUUUAAAGGUUAUUCGGCUAUUGUGAGUAUGCUAUUAGAGAAGAAUCCUAAUGUUGAUCUAUGUGAAAAAAUCGGCUGUAGUCCUUUAUUAAUGGCAAGUCAGAAAGGAUAUGCUUUAAUUGUUAGGUUACUGUUAAAGAAGAAUCCUAACGUUGAUUUAUGUAACAAUAAAGGCAAUAGUCCUCUGUUACUGGCAAGUCAGAACGGACAUACUAAUAUAGUAAAGUUACUUUUAGAAAAGAAUCCUAAUAUUGUUCUAUGUAAUAAUAAUGGCCGAAAUGCACUACUUGUAGCAAUUCAGAAGGGGCAUACUACUAUUGUAAGAUUGAUGUUAGAGAGGAAUCCGAAUAUUGAUCUUUGUACCCAUUUGGGGGCUUCUGCACUUACCAAGGUUUGUUAUAAAGGGUAUACUCCAAUUGUUCAAAUGUUAUUAGGCAAAAAUAUUAAUGUUAAUUCAUCAGAUAAUAAAGGCUCUAGUCCACUCUAUUCGGCCUGUCAGGAAGGACAUGUAGAUAUAGUAAGGUUGCUUUUAGAGAGGGAUCCUGAUGUUGACUUAUGCAAUAAACAUUUCUGUAGUCCGCUGUUGACUGCAAGUCAGAAUGGCCAUACUGAUAUAGUAAGGUUGUUAUUAGAGAGAAAACCUAAUAUUAAUUUGUGCAACCAUAAUUUCAAUAGUCCCCUUUUCAUGGCAUGUCAGAAUGGAUAUACUGAUAUAGUUAAGUUGCUUUUGGAGAGAAACCCGAAGGUUGACCUUUGUACCAUAGAUGGGGUCACUGCCCUCAACAGGGCGAGCUAUAAAGGAUAUACAAUUAUUGUUAGUAUGUUAUUGCAGAAAAAUCCUCAUGUUGAUUUACGUGAUAAAAAUGGCUGUAGUCCUCUGUACAUGGCAAGUCAAGAAGGACAUACAGAUGUAGUAAGGUUGCUUUUAGAGAGAAACGCUAAUGUGGAUCUAUGUGAUGAAGAUGACUGUAGUCCUCUGAUUAUUACAAUCAAUAAAGGAUAUACUGAUAUAGUGUUGUUGCUAUUAGAGAAACACCCUAAUGUUGAUCAAUGCAAUCACAACGGGGUCACUGCACUGUCCACUGCAUGUUAUCAAGGUUAUACCAAUAUUGUGAGUAUGAUUCUGGAAAUGAGUCCUAAUGUUGAUAUGUGUCAACAUAAUAGUUGUACUCCACUGUAUAUAGCAAGUCGGCAUGGGCACACUGGUAUAGUAAGGUUGCUGUUGGAGAAGAAUGCUAGUGUUAAUAUAUGUACCAAUGACAGCUGUAGUCCUCUGUACAUUGCAAGUAAGAAUGGGCAUGCUGACAUAGUUAAAUUGCUGUUGGAGGUAAAUGCUAAUAUUGAUUUAUGUAACAAUAGUUCCUGUAGUCCUCUCUUGAUUGCAAGUCAGAAGGGACAUACUGACAUAGUUAGGCUGCUCUUGAUGUGUAAUCCUUAUAUUGAUCUUCGUAACAAUCAAGGUGUCACUGCACUCAGUUUGGCAUGUGAGGGAGGUUAUCCUGAUAUUGUGAACAUGUUAUUAGAGAAGAAUGCUAACAUUGAUCUAUGUGACACAAAUGGCGGUAGUCCAUUAUCUAAAGCUAGUAUGAAGGGACAUACAGUUAUAGUAAGGAUGCUGUUACAAAGAAAUCCUUGUGUUGACAAACGUGACCUCAAUGGUUUAAGUCCUCUGUUCGCAGCUUGCUUGAAAGGACAUACUGAUAUAGUUCGGUUACUAUUACGAACGAACCAUGAGGUUGAUGCAUGUUGCGUUCAAGGUUUUAGUCCUCUGCUCAUAGCAGCCAUGUUAGGACAUACGGAUGUGCUAGAAUUGCUCCCUAAUCCCUGUAACAUUGAAAAUGGAAACUUUCCUCUGUACGUAGCUAGUCGUGCAGGACAUACUGAAAUAGUUAGAUUGCUAUUACAGAAGAAUCCUAACAUUAAUCAAUGUGACAAAGAUGACCGUAGUUCUCUAAUCAUUGCAAUUCAGAAUAGACAUACUAAUAUAGUUGGAUUACUGUUAAAGAAUAACUCUAACGUGGAUCUAUGUGACAAACAAGGGUGUAGCCCUCUGUUAACUGCAAUUCAAAAUGAACAAAUUGAUAUAGUUGGAAUGCUGCUAGCGAAGAACGCUAGUGUUGAUCUUUGUACAACAGAUGGGUCCACUGCACUGAUCAUGGCAUGUUAUAAAGGGAAUACUGCUUGUGUGAGGAUGUUAUUAGAGAAGAAUGCUAAUGUUGAUUCAUUCAACCGUAGUGGUUGUGGUCCUCUGUUUCAAGCAAGUCAAGAAGGACACACUAAUAUAGUUAGGAUGAUCUUAGAGAGAAAGCCUAAUCUUGAUUUAUGUAAAAAAUUUCCGUGUAAUCCUCUGUUGAUUGCAAUUUUGAAUAGGCAUACUGAUAUUGUGAGGUUGCUGGUAGAAAAUAAUCAUAGUUUUGAUCUAUGUAACACAAAUGUGUUAACAACACUGACCGUUGCAAGUAGUCAAGGGAAUGCUUCUAUUAUGAGUAUCUUAUUAGAGAAAAAUCCUAAUGUAGAUUUAUGUGAUAAAGAUGGCCACAGUCCUCUUUUCAUGGCAAGUGAAAAAGGACAUACUGAUGUAGUAAGGUUGCUUUUACAGAAGAAACCUAAUGUUAAUCUUUGCAAUUCAAAACAAUGUAGUCCUCUGUUGAUUGCAUCUGCGAGAGGAUAUAUUGAUAUAGUUAGGUUACUAUUAGAGAUGAAACCUAAUAUUGACCAAUGCUCCAUUGAUGGCUGGAGUUCAGUAUAUUAUGCAUGUAGAGAAGGACAUGUUGAUAUACUACGGUUAUUGUUAGAGAAAAAUCCUAACAUUGAUCUAUCUGACGUAGAUGGGAUAAGUCCUCUAUUUCUUGCAAGUCGGAAAGGGCAUACUGAUAUAGUAAGGUUGCUAUUACAGAGGAAUGCUAAUGUUGAUCAAUGUUACACUAAGGGCGAUAGUCCUCUGUUUGUUGCAAGUCAAUUUGGGCAUACUGAUAUAGUAAGGUUACUGCUAGAGAGGAAUGCAAAUGUUAAUCUAUGUAACAGGUAUGGCAGUAGUCCACUGUUAAUAGCCAUUCUCAUUGGAAGUAUUGAUAUAGUAAGGUUGCUUUUAGAGAAUGAUCCUAACAUUGAACUGUGUGACGAGUCUGGUCGUAGUCCUUUAUUUGUGGCAAUUGAAAAUGAACAUACUGAUAUAGUAAAGUUGCUAUUAGAGAUGAACCCUAACAUUGAUCUCUGUGACAAGUCUGGCAAUAGUCCUUUAUUAUUAGCAUGUGACAAAGAAUGUACUGAUAUAAUAAAGUUGCUAUUACAGAAGACCCCUAAUAUUGAUAUAUCAAGAGAUGACGGUGUUACGCCACUGAUCACAUCAUGCAGCGCCAACAACACCAGUAUAGUAAAAUUAUUGAUUCAACAUAACCCGAAACUUAACAUCAAUGCCCAAGCAAAUGAUGGUGGCAAUGCUUUAUAUUUAAGUUCACUGAAUGGAAAUGUAGAAAUAACCCGAUUACUUUUAGAGAACAAGGCUUACUGUAAUAUGUGUAUCCAUAGUAAACAGUGUAUAACAGAUACAUUUACUGACCAUCCAACUAUAACGUUAAAUAAGGAAAAACAAGAUUUCAUGGAGAGCUUUAUGGAGCUUGGUUCAUCAAAUGUAAAAGAUCAUGUCAGUAAGAAGUCGUUAGAUUAUGCAUUUGAUGUAGUAGCUGGUUCUUCACCGUUACACAUUGCAUGUUUCAUGGGUUGGAAAGAAGUAGUCAGUUGUCUUCUGGAUCACCAUGCUAACAUCAGUUUGAAAAAAGAAGAUGGCACCACGCCUUUGUUUUAUGCAUGCGAACUAGGACAUAGUGAAAUUGUACAUUUAUUGUUAGAGAAAGGAGCAGAUACAGGCAUAUGUAAAAUUGAUGGGAAAUUCCCUUUAAACAUUGCAAUUGAUAAUGGACAUAAAUCUGUGAUAGAUAUGAUGAAGAGACACAUUCUACAUCAUAUGCUUUUGGUAUUGAUGGGUCAUGUUUGA